AUGGCGGCGGCGGCGCCGGGCCCGGCUCCGCGCACACGUCGCACUGCCCCCAGCGCUUCCGCCGGAAGUCGCCGCCCAUUGGCCGAGGGGGCGGAAAAGGGGAGGGGCGACGGCGGGCCAAUCGGGAAGGGGGAAGGGGGAUGUGGGGCCGGAACCAGGGUCCUCCCGGAGGGCUCCCUAUGGGGGUCUCUGCGGGGGUCUCCGGUCCCUCGGAGGGCUCCUGGCCGCGCCCUCCGCACCUCUGCCCCGCUCCGAACUGACAUCAUCCGGGAGCUGGGGCGGAGUCUGGAGCGCCUGGGUCAGACCCUGAAGGAUCAGAUGCCGGCGCUGAGGCCAGGGGGCUGGGGUAGCUGGACCCCCCCGGGGGGCCCCGCAGGCCCCCGUCCCCCCGAGGAAGCCGACGUGGUGGUGGUAGGGGGCGGCGUGCUGGGCUGGUCCGUGGCUUACUGGCUGAAGGCGCUGGAGGGGCAGCGGCACGGCAUGAAGGUGCUGGUGGUGGAGAGAGACCCCACGUACUCCCAAGCCUCCACGGUGCUGUCUGCGGGGGGGAUCCGGCAGCAGUUCUCUCUGCUCGAGAACAUUCGCAUGUCUCGCUUCUCCGCCGCCUUCCUGCGCUCCAUCAACGAGUACCUUGGGGUGCCCAACGAGCCCCCCAUAGACAUCCAGUUCCAGCCCUCGGGGUACCUCUUCCUCGCCCCCGCAGAAGCUGCUGCCAGGCUGGAGGCCACUGUCCAGCUCCAGAGGGAGGAAGGGGCACAAGUGGCUCUGCUGUCCCCAACCCAGCUGAAGGAGAAGUUCCCCUGGAUGGACACAGAGGGGGUGGCUGUGGCCUCCUAUGGUCUGGAGGAUGAAGGUUGGUUUGAUCCCUGGACCCUCCUCAACGCCUUCCGCCGCAAAGCCACAUCCCUGGGGGUCCACAGCUGCUCCGGGGAGGUGCGAGGCUUUGUCACCUCAGCUAGGGACCUGACGCAGGGGGGACCGUCGCCAGCAUCUGCACGCAUCAAAUACAUCCAUAUCCACAUGCAGGACAGCCUGGAGUACCAGCCUGUGGCUUGUGCCAUCGUGGUCAAUGCUGCAGGCGCCUGGGCCGGGAAGCUGCUGGAGGAGGCAGGGGUGCCUGAGGGGCUGCUGCAGCCCCCCCUGCCCAUCCAGCCCAGGAAGAGGUAUUUGUUCUCCUGGCACUGCCCCGACGGCCCUGGCCUCUCCUGCCCCUUUGUCAUUGACACCUCCGGAGCCUAUUUCCGCCGGGAUGGCAUCGCUGGCAACUACAUUGGUGGCAUGAGCCCCCCUGAGGAUGAGGAACCAGACCCGAGCGACCUCUCCGUGGACCACGAGUUCUUUCCGGAGCGGCUGUGGCCGCUGCUGGCUCGCCGGGUCCCAGCCUUCGCCGCCCUGCGGCCCCGCGGCUCCUGGGCAGGCUACUACGACUACAACUGCUUCGACCAGAACGGGGUGCUGGGCCCUCACCCCCGGCUGGAGAACUUCUUCGUGGCGGCAGGGUUCAGCGGGCACGGCCUGCAGCACGCCCCCGCCGCCGGCCGGGCGCUGGCAGAGCUGCUGCUCAGGGGCCGCUACGAGAGCCUGGACCUGGCGCGGCUGGGCUGGCAGCGCCUGCUGGACGGCACCCGGCUGGAGGAGGACGGCGUGGUGUGA